GCGAGGCAGUGGAGUCCGAUCGCGUUGGCGUUUUUAGGCGACGCCGUGUUCGAGUUGUACGCGCGAGGGGUGUUUUUUUACCCGCCCGCGAAACCGCUCGAAUACGAUUUGAAGACAAAGCGACUGGCGCGCGCCGAGGCGCAGGAUUUUUUGCUCAGGCUCUUGAUCGACGGCGACGCGUUGAGCGAGGAGGAGGUUUCAAUCGUAAAAUGGGGGCGGAACGCGGCGUACGGGAACAUUCCGACGCGAUUAAAAGGGAAAGGGAAGGGCGGGCACGGGACGUAUCGCAACGCGAGCGCGCUCGAGUGCCUCGUGGGCUACCUCUACGUCGUCGAUCGCGCGCGACUGCAGGAAGUGAUGACGAUCGUCAUGUCUGAGACCGCCAUCGAGGGCGCGUUGGCGCUGUCUUCGAAAUAG